AUGGCUACAAAACCAAUCACAAGAGUCGUCAUUGUUGGGGCUACUGGUCGCCUCGGCGGAGUCUUUGCUCGGGCACUUAUCCAAACCGGCAAGCAUACUGUUACAGCUCUCACCCGUGAGACUAGCAAGGGAAAGCUUCCCGCGGGAGUUCAAGCUAUCAAAGUUGAUUACAACGAUGAAGCUGCUCUCAUCAAAGCUUUCGAGGGCCAACAGUUUCUUGCAAUUACCCUUGGAAUUCAUGCCCCGGAGAACCUUCAUAGCAGGAUCACCGCGGCUGCAGGAAAAGCCGGUGUUCCUUACAUCAUGCCAAACGCGUACGGAUACCCGCUCAACCCAAAUGGAGUGAGCGAGUCAGAUUCGUACGGAAAGGCCGUUCUAAGUCGGGUCAGUGAUGCUCAAAAUGGGGUUUCAUCCUCAGUGGCUCUCCCAUGUGGUUUCUGGUACGAAUGGAGUUUGGCAACUGGCGAACAAUGGUUUGGUUUCAAUAUCAAGGAUCGCAAAGUGACCUUUUUCGAUGAGGGGACUCGCACUAUAACUGUCAGCACCUGGAACCAAUGCGGUCGUGCGUUGGCGGCUCUCCUCAGUCUACCGGAGUCGGGAACAUCUCCUGCACUUGCCGACUUCAAGAACAAAGAACUCCGGAUCAAUAGCUUCCGCGUCUCACAACGCGAUAUGCUCGACAGUCUUAAUCGUGUCUUGGAAACCACGGACUCUGACUGGGAGAUUAGUUAUGAGACUGUCGCUAAGCGCCUGGCCGAUGGCGCUGAGGAGUUUUCCAAGGGUAUCUUCACCGGAUAUCCGAAAAUGUUGUAUGGAAGUAUCUUUUUGAAGACCAACGAACAAAGUGAUUUUGCAGAGACAAUGGAACUGGCAAAUGACACUUUGGGGCUCCCUAAAGAGGACCUGGAUGAAGCGACUACGCGGGUGGUGGAGAUGGUCGCAGCAGGAUGGGAUCCUCUUGCUGAGAUGUAA